AAAUCGAACAGGCACACGACUGGGAGGGGAAAAAAAAAAAAAAAAACCAGAGGCAGUGAAGAAACAGUUUCUAUAGUGAAAAGGAGAGUUUUGGGUGUGAGCAGAGAAGGCAGGCACCAAAACAAUGGGGAGAAGCGCUUGUUGUGCAAAGGAGGGCUUGAACAAAGGUGCUUGGACUGCCCAUGAAGACAAAGUUCUCAGUGAAUACAUCAAACUCCAUGGUGAAGGCAGAUGGAGAAACCUCCCCAAAAAAGCAGGUCUGAAAAGAUGUGGGAAGAGCUGCAGGCUUAGGUGGUUGAAUUAUCUGAGGCCAGACAUUAAGAGAGGCAACAUAUCACCAGAUGAAGAAGAGCUUAUCAUCAGGCUUCACAAGCUUUUGGGGAACAGAUGGUCUCUAAUAGCUGGUAGGCUUCCAGGGCGAACAGACAAUGAAAUAAAAAACUACUGGAACACCAAUUUAGGCAAAAAAAUCCAAGACCAACAGCGGCAAGGCUCUGCUUCAAAUCUCAAGCACCACAACAAAAAUGGUCAACCAGUUUCCAAAAAGGCCAAGACUAUGGAGGACAUGUCUCCCAACAUGACCUCACCAUCACCAUCCAAGAUGUCCCCAGUGGUCAGAACCAAAGCUGCUAAGUGCACCAAAGUUUUCAUCAACCCAGACCCUCACAAACUCCCACUUGGCCACCAACAUUGUGAAGAAAACAACAGAGGACUGUUGAUGUUUGAUAGGCAUGCAGGGGAUGACCACACGAACAAUGGGUCAUCGUCAUUGUACUCCUUCUCUAAUAUCGCUGAUCAAGAAAAUUCGUCCUCGGAUUUUCUAGUAGAUUUUGACAUGAACGAGAUUAGCCUAGCAAGUCUCCUGAAUUCUGAUUUUCCGGCCAUUAAUUGUGACGAUGUUGAUCAAAAUGGUGACAAUACUUUGUCACACUGUGUGGAUCAAACAGCUCAAAUUUUCUCAGAGGAAAUGUUGCAGCAUUUGAAUGGUGGCAGCCACGAUUGUGUUCAAGUUCAACCAAAUUUGGUUCUUAAUUUCCAUUCCUUGACCUCUUUUCUCGAUGGGGAUCAAGGAGGGGAAGAAUGGCUUGGAGAGUAGUUGAAUAAUUUGUCAUCAUUAUUAAUAAAAUAAUUAUAUUUUUCUUGCCACUUUUGCGUUAAAAGAAAAUCAAACCAAUUAAGAUGUACUAAAUGAGUGGUGGAGGACCCUUAAUUAUAUAAAUCAGAUUUUAUUUAUUUAUUAUCAGUUGCAGUC